UAUGUAUAUAAAGCAUUAUAGCACUGAAUAUGAAUGAAAAUUCUGCGCAUGUACAUAUAUUGUUUUAUUAUAUCUAUUGGCGGGAAAAAACUGAAAAACACAGUAUAUUAAAAUGUCAGAAGAAUCAUUAAGUUUGUGUUUCUUUAAUUUAGGUUGUGAUAUUUCCGAUAAAUCCAUCAUCGAUAAAUGUAUACAAUUUUGUCAUGUUUAUAAUAUAGAUGAAGAAAAAUUUUUAGAAUCGUGGGUAGCAUAUACUAUUACGCAUUCAUUAGAUAUUAAUCCAACAAUAAACAAUCUUAUACAAUUUGAGGAUGAAGAACUUAAAAAAAAUAGUGAAUGUAUCGUAACACAAGCUAUGUCAAAUAUACAUACUCUCGAUAUACAACCUAAAGAAGAUAUUAUUAAUAAUGUUUUGGAACUAUAUAACACUGGAGAAUGUUCCACAUCAAAGGUAAGUUUUUAUUUUAAUUAUUCCUUAUUUUGACAUAUAUAUAUUUUUUACUAUAAAU